AUGACCGACGAGAAAAAAGCCAUUCUUAUACAGCAAAUCGCUUUACGUCCUUUAAUAUGGAAGCAAAUUUCGCUUGAGCUAUUGCAGGUCAGUCAUCCGAAUUAUAGUAAUGUUGAAAAACGUUGGCUUGCCUUCGAAGAAAUCGCACGCUUCUUAUCUGAUGAGCAAAUAACAUUUACAAGCGAUAUGGUUAAAUUGGCUUGGAAGAAUUUAAUGGAUUACUAUAAUCAAUUACGAAGAAGGUAUGAUCGGGCAGUCGCAGCUGGAUUGGAGCCUCCAGAUUCUAAAUGGCAGUUUUUCGACAUGCUGCAUUUUACAAGACAAAAUAAACUGCCUGUGAAGAGGAAAUAUAAUUAUAUUGAGCCAUCAAAGAUUCCUCGAAGCGAUGAACAAUUCGUUGAAAAAAGCCCAAAUGCAGCUCCAGUAACACUUGAAGAUGCAUCGUUUCGCCAACCGUUGGGCUAUCUGACAAAUGUUCAAAGUGAUUUUACUUCUGAAAUGAAUGCUAAAACUACCAGUAAUCAUAAGCUGAUAAUCGUAUUAUCUACGGAGCAGUCAGAGAGAAUGGGACUGGAGGCUCGACGAGGAGCCGUAAAAGUUUCGAAUAACGAUUUAAUGGACGAACAACAGUACGUGAACAGUUCAUUUAAUGAAUUCGAGAACUCUACCAGAAUUCCACAGUUCAAACGAUCUAGCGGGGAAGUUGAGCAUCACAAAAUAUCAAAUGGAGACAUAAGAAAAAAUAUGAAAUUGGUUAAUGCUGAGCAAAUUGUUGUUCGAAAAUCGAUUCCAGCUCAUUAUAUUAAAUUAAAGAAGAAACCUAUUACUGCCUUUAAUUCAACAUCCAGCUUUGCUAGAUAUCUUGCUGCUAAGCUCUAUAUAAUCAAGGAUCUAUGUCCUUUGAAAUAUUUGUCACUCUGCUAUGCGAUCGAUGAGAUAAUUGAAAAAGCGAUGAAGGAACAAAAUAUCGUUCUAGACAAUUAA